AAAACAGCAGUGUCAUGACAACCAAGCGACCGCUAAGAUAAGGGUACUGUCGCAAAGCCGAGGUGUCGUGAAUCCUGGCCGCCCCCUGAAGAUGGCGGCGGAGCUGCAUCCGCGGAGCGGAAAGCUGAUCGGCCUGUCCAACUCGAACCGAACAGCCCGGCGCAACCAGCCCGUCCAGGAGUUCAACCACGGCCUGGUGCUCAGCAAGGAGCCCCUGAGGGACCGGGAUGUCUUCACCGUCCGCAUUGACAAGAAGGUGAACUCCUGGAGCGGCUCGAUUGAAAUCGGCGUGACGGCUCUGGACCCGGCCUCGCUGGACUUCCCCAGCAGCGCCACGGGGCUCAAGGGCGGCUCCUGGGUCGUGUCGGGCUGCUCGGUGCUGCGCGACGGCCGCUCCGUCCUGGAGGAGUACGGCCGCGACCUGGACCAGCUGGCCGAGGGCGACCGCGUGGGCAUCCAGCGCAGCUCCCGCGGGGAGCUCCACCUGUGGGUGAACGGGCAGGACUGUGGCGCGGCCGCCAGCGGCCUGCCGCCCAAGCUGUGGGCCGUGGUGGAUCUGUACGGGAAGUGCACUCAAGUGACGGUGGUGAGCUGCGAGCCGCCGCCGCCCUCCGCAGAGAGGGAGAGAGAGACGAUGGAGCAGGACGAGGAGGACGACGAGGAGGAAGAAGAGGAGGACGAAGAGGAGGAGGUGGUGGUACGCGAGGGUCGGGACGAUGGGGGGAUUGCAGCGCUGAUGAAUGUGGCAGCGAUGAAUGGGAUGGUGAACGGAGAUGAAGUGCCUGAGCUCAGCUGCAGCAACAGCCGGCCAGACAAGUUUCCCAAUAACCUGGAGCCUGACGCUGUCCUCACAGAGCACCAGCUCUUCGACGUCUUUAACAAUGCAAUAGUUUCAUUUUAUCGCUCUGAAGACGAGGGAGGAGGGGAGGACAGCGGAGGAGGAGGCGAUGCAGGAACGGACUCUUCUUCCAGAGCUGACAGAGGGAGCAGCGGUGGAGGCGGAGCUCCAACUAAUGGUGACGGCAGCACAGGGACGGCUGGCGGAGUGGGAGGGGGCGGAGACUGUGGGAACUCUAACAACAGCCCUGCAGGUACUGGAGGGGCGGCACCGGGGUCAGGGGCGGGUGGGUUGAUGACCAACGACGCGCUGCUGUUCCACGAGAAGUGCGGCACGCUGAUCAAGCUGAGCAACAACAACAAGACGGCGGAGCGGCGGAGACCUCUGGACGAGUUCAACAACGGCGUGGUGAUGACCAACCGGCCGCUCCGGCACAACGAGAUGUUCGAGAUCCGCAUCGAUAAGCUGGUGGACAAGUGGUCGGGCUCAAUUGAGAUUGGAGUGACCACGCACAAUCCCAACAACCUGGACUAUCCUGCAACUAUGACCAAUCUGCGCUCAGGUACAAUCAUGAUGAGUGGCUGUGGGAUAUUAACAAACGGGAAAGGGACUCGUAGGGAAUACUGUGAAUUCAGCCUGGAUGAACUUCAGGAGGGGGAUCACAUAGGGCUGAUGCGGAAAGCCAGCGGUGCGCUCCAUUUCUACAUCAAUGGCAUUGAUCAAGGCGUGGCCGCGGCGCAGACUCCCAGCGUGGUCUACGGCGUGGUGGACCUCUACGGCAUGGCCGUCAAAGUCACCAUAGUCCAUAACCACAACCACAGCGACCGCCUCAGGCGCAACAACGCCAUCAUGAGGGCUCUGUCGCCAGACGUCGGCCGGCCGCGGCCCCCUCUGGCCCUCACUCCGGACUCAGAAGGACCCGACCGUCUCCUGUUUCACCCCAACUGCGGACAGAAGGCGGCCAUCAUCUGCGACGGCAGGACGGCGCUGCGGCCGCAUGCAACUGAUGACUUCAACCACGGCGUGGUCCUGAGCAGCCGGCCGCUGCGCUCCAACGAGGUGUUCCAGGUCCGCAUCGACAAGAUGGUGGACAAAUGGGCGGGCUCCAUCGAAAUUGGUGUCACGACACACAAUCCCGCCUACCUGCAGCUGCCGUCCACCAUGACGAACCUGCGGUCAGGGACAUGGAUGAUGACGGGCAACGGCGUGAUGCACAACGGAACCACGAUUCUGGAUGAGUACGGACACAACCUGGAUCGGCUCAAAGCCGGGGACACGGUCGGAGUUGUUCGGAAGGAAGACGGCAGCCUGCACUUCUUCGUGAACGGCGUGGCGCAGGGCCCGGCGGCCUGGAACGUCCCCCCGAGCGUCUACGCUGUGGUCGACCUGUACGGCCAGGCGGCACAGGCCACCAUCAUGGACGACAUGGUGGACCUCCCUCCUCUACCAGAAGACAGCUCAGACGGCCCCACCGCCAUGUCCCCGGGGAGCCCCUGCUCCGUGGCGGGGGCCUCCACUUCCACUGACCUGCGUUUCCACCAGCUGCAUGGCACCAAUGCCGUCAUCACCAACGGGGGGCGCACCGCGCUGCGUCAGAACUGCCGCAGCGAGUUUAACGACGCCAUCGUCAUUUCCAACAGGUGCCUUCGGGAUGGAGAACUCUUUGAAAUUGUUAUUCAGAAGAUGGUGGACCGCUGGUCAGGUUCAAUAGAAGCAGGAGUGACCGCCAUCAGACCGGACGAGCUGGAGUUUCCGAACACGAUGACCGACAUAGACUAUGACACCUGGAUGCUGAGUGGAACCGCCAUCAUGCAGGACGGCAACACAAUGCGCAACAACUACGGCUGCGACCUGGACUCCCUGACCACAGGCUCCCGGAUCGGCAUGAUGCGCACCGCCAACGGCGACCUCCAUUAUUACAUCAACGGCGUGGAUCAGGGCGUCGCCUGCGCGGGUCUGCCGGCAGAGGUGUUUGCUGUGAUCGAUCUGUACGGUCAGUGCGUUCAGGUCUCCAUCACCAGCUCCUCCGGCCCGCUGGACAACAGCCUCUGCACCAGUAACGUCACUGAGAAGAGCUUCCCCAUCCACUCUCCAGUCGCAGGCGUCGCCCAUCGGCUCCACAGCAAGCAUGGAAAGAACGUGGUGCUGCUGGGCGAGGGCUGCCAGGCCAUCAGGGUCGGCGGCUACUCUCACGGCAUCGUGUUCAGCGCCAAAGAGCUCAAAGCAGAUGAGCUGUUUGAGGUGAGGAUCGACGAAGUGGACGAUCAGUGGUGCGGCUCUCUGCAUAUCGGCCUGACCACGAUGGCGCCUCCGGAGCUGCCGUCCUGCCCGCUGUCCGGCCUCUCUCCCUCCCUCCCACAGCUCCGCACCAAGGUCACCUGGCUGCUCUGCGGCUCCGAGGUCCAGCGCAACGGCGUUCUGCAGCGGCAGAAUUACGGCUAUUCGCUGGACCGGCUGACGGUGGGGAACCGCGUCGGCGUGAAGAGGUGCAACGACGACACCAUGCACAUCUUUGUCGACGGGCAGGACAUGGGACCUGCCGCUACCGCAGUCCCCAAGAAUGUGUACGCCGUGUUGGACCUGUACGGGCGGAUAACGGCGCUGUCCAUCGUCAGCUCCUCUCUGAUGGAGGACUUGGAGAGCAUCAAGGCGCCUUCGCUCACCUCGGACAGCUGCAGCGAAGGGGAGGAGGACAGCAGCCCCGUGAGAGAGGUUGAGAGUGAAACGUGUUCCCUGGUGCCGACGGUCAUGAUGUUUCUGGAAAACCACGGCAAGAACAUCCAGCUGUCCAACCAGAACCUGACAGCGGCCAGGGUGUCCAGCUACAACCAGGGCCUGCUGGUCACCGUCCAGCCGCUGGCGCGCCAGCAGCUCUUCCAGUUUCAGAUCGAUCGUCUGAACCCGUCGUGGACGUCGUCUCUGUCGUUAGGGGUGAUAGGCCACUCCCCCGACCGGCUGAACUUCCCCUCCACGGCCUGCUGCCUGAAGCGCUCCGCCUGGCUGCUGCAGCGCGACUCCGUCUUCCACAACUCUCUGAAAAUAUGUGAGAACUACGGUCCUAACCUGGACACGUGUCCAGAGGGGACAGUGUUGGGUCUGCUGGUGGACACCAACAACUGCCUCCAUCUCUACGUGAACAGCAUGGACCAGGGCGUGGCGGCGCAGGACAUCCCCUCACCCUGUUACCCCUUCAUCGACCUGUACGGCCAGUGUGAACAGGUCACGAUUGUAACCAACAACGUGCCAGCUGUGGGUGCAGAGAGCGGCGACCGGCGCUUCCAGGGAGACAUGGAGAAGGCAGACAUGGUUGACGGCAUCAAGGAGAGCGUGUGCUGGACGCCCCCUCCAGAGGUCAACCCCAACAAGACCUGCGAGUACCAGGCGCUCUGCUCCCGCUUCAAGGACUUGCUCACUCUACCAGACGGCUACUUCAACGAAGAUGCAAAGUACAAUCUGUGCUACUGCGAGUCCUGCCACAAGCUGCGGGGAGACGAGGCGUACUACAAGCGAGGGGAGCCACCGCGAGACUACGCCCUGCCGUUCGGAUGGUGCCGCUUCGCCCUCAGGGUCAAGUCCCACUGUGAGGUUUCCAAUGCACUAAAGAAGUGGCACAUUGCGUAUCACGGCACCAACGUAGGAGCCCUGAGGCGCACCCUGGACCACGGCCAGCUGCUGCCUGGAACGUCGUCCAUUUUCCUGGUGUCUCCGGUGAAGACGGAGGGUCCAAACGGCUACACCGAACCAGAGGAGAACAGCGCCCCCGGCAGGGAGGCUCCCAGAGUGCGGCUCUCCCCGACCAUGCGCUACUCCGGCAUGGAGACGUUUGCUCCCAAAGUGCAAUUUCAGGACCCGCGUUCUCACCACCGCCACCAGGCUCAGGUGGGUUUCCAGGUGUGCGUGCGGCCGGGCUCCUACAAGGUGGGACCUCAGACGCUGAGCCACAGCGAGCCUCUAGAUCCCCGCUUCAGCAACUCCGAGAUCGAGUGGAUCACGAAGGAGCAGGGCGGCACGCUUCUCUACGGACUGCUGAUUCGGGUGGAGUGAACGGCGUAAGCGGCGGCGACGGGCCGAGCGCCGCUUCUGGUUAUUUUUGAUAAACAGACAACCAAAUCCAAGCCUUGCCUUGAGCAAGUCACCACUCUGGAAUACGGCUGGUCCUGAAUUGACUGUCGACAACUCGGCAUCUUUGGGUUUUGUUUUGUUCCGCUCGCUCUUCGGCUCUUUUACCGGCGGAGAGCAGCGGCCGUUACCGAGAACAGACACUGGCUGCACUUUAUGUUUCGGACACUAGUGGACAAUUUUUAAACUUCUCAUCGACGCAACAUGUUUGUUUAUAAGCUUCUUUUUUUUUUUUUUUCUUGUCAUUCUCCCGUCAUUUUGUUCUUCCAUCCUCGAGUAGCUUUUUUAGUUUGGCACUUAGUUCAACACCUUUGACUUCUGAAUUUUUCACAAAAAAAAAAAAUUACUAAAAGGUAGGUUUAAUGAAAAAAAAAAAGAGGGACGGUGUUUUAUCAGCAUUGUAGAAAAAUAACGACACUUGAAUCUGAACAUGAGCCCGAGAGCAUCGUGAUUGUGACCUCGAUAGCAGGGAGAAUUUCAAACUGGAGGGAGGGACUGAUAUGUUUACACGCCUGUCUUUCACUGUGUCUCUGUCCUCUUCGUGUCUCCGUGUGAACAGACGUUGAUGUUGCCGGUCUACACAGGACUCAGAUAUGGGAAUGGCUUUUGACCAACCUAAUUUUGAUAUUUGUUUGACUCAAAGUCUGAAUUUCUGAGUUCGGUGUUGGGGAAAAAGUGGAACCUGUGUUUCUGUGCUGGUUACGUCUCCGUCUGGAGGUCAUGGUUCAUCCAGGAAGAACAACUGGAUCAAAUGCAAUAUGGCUGCCGUCGACUGGGAUUAAAAUCGGUGUCCAAUUUCA